AUGGUAAGUGCUCUAUUCAUGUUCUCCCCGGCUUUUCGCCCCGACGCUGCCCACCGUAUCGUUACCCAGGUCGUUGUUACCGGCGCUCGAGUCUUCGGUCGAGCGUUCGCAGAAGCUUACAAGCAGGCCUCCGCAUCAUCCAAGUAUGCUCAGGCAAACAAGGGCAAGAACGGAAAUUCGACUUUCGCAUCCUCUGGUUUGACCCUCGAUGAGGCUUGCAAGAUCCUCAACGUCAAGCCUCCACAGGGCGGAGAAACGAAUCUGGAAAAUGUGAUGGAGCGGUUCAAGAAGCUGUUCGAUCUCAACGACCCGCAGAAGGGCGGCAGUUUCUAUCUUCAGAGCAAAAUUCUCCGAGCGCGCGAAAGGAUCGAGAUGGAAAUUCGGCAAGCGGAGCGCAAAGCCGCUCAGGAAAAGGAACUUCAGGAAGGCUGGAACCCUAAGGUGUACAAGGACCGGUGA